AGUCAGAGGAUUGAAGAAGGGGACAUCCGGGGAUUGUGUCCUCUUGGCGGUGGGGAAGACCACCUUUGGUCUUAAAGGGACAGGGCAGGGCCAAGAAGUGUCUGUAUAUAUAAUAACAUAGGGGGAGUGUAAUAUAGUGGUUAGAGAAAUAUGCGGAUGCAAGUGUCCCGAGGAAGAAGUGAGGUGUGUUGCCUUAAAGGGCCAGUGCAGUAAGAAGAACGGAAGAGAGAGAGAGAGCGGCUCCUUGGCUGCUUGCGUCAGAGGCAGUUCAACAGGUGGAGCCGGAGCGUUCGGCGGAGGCUUGGCGGCAGUCGAGGCCAUGGGCGACCCGGAGGAGACUUUCGGGGGCGACGGGGACCCCAACCCGGCCCCCUACGAGGAGCUGGUCUCGGCCCUGGCUGGAGGCCUCUACGGGGAGCUGGAGCGGCUGGUGGCGGCCCAUGGACCCGGCGCCGUCUCGGGGCUCCUGCCCCAGCUGGUCUCCGUCCUGGAGUCGCUGCAAGGCGCCUGCGGGCAAGUCCGGGAGCGGGACCAGGCCCUGGAGCGCCUGCGGGACGACCGGCUCCGGCUCCUCGAGCAGUACGAACGCGAGCGGGCCGGGCGCAAGCGGGCGGAAGAGAGGUUCAUGGAGCUUGAAGAUGCCAUGGAGCAGGAGCGUAAGGCGCAUGGGACAGCCUUGAACCGGCUCGAAGGACAGACCCGCAUUUUGGAUGGCAAAGCGAGGAGCUACGCCGAUCAAGUGGCCAGCCUGGAGGAGCAAAAAUCUUCAUUGCUGAAAGAACUCUCCAGUCUCAGCCAGACCCACUCCAAGAUGAUACAAAGUUACAAAGAGCUGAAAUUGCAGAGGGCUUCGGCUGCUGUGAGUCAAACUGGAUCUUCAUCUGCAGAGGCGAAAAGGUUGAAGCUCCCUCCACUCCAAGUGCCCCCUUCAUUUCUGUCAAGAACCUCAGACCCUGGGCCUCCUGAAACACUGAAUUCCCCAGAAGAACCUGGAGAGAUUCAAGGGCUUCCUAGUUCCGAAAAGGUGCCUGAGAGCGACCCAAAAAGGAACUCUUUCCCCUUGGCGGAGGAAAUAGUGCACCUUGAGAAAGAUGCCUCUCCUGCUCAAAAGCAGUGUUUUGACUUGGAUGAUCUUGUAAGCUCCACUCCAGAACUAGGACCUGACCCACAGCAAACAAGCAGCCCCUUGAGUUCCACCCUCGAGCGCAACACGGUCUCCCUUUUCGCCGAGGUCUCGGGCCUCAGCCCUGAACUUCUCAGUGAUAUGGAUGACGGUGCUGAUUUGCAGGGGGAUGCCUUAGAAACUGUCAUGGCAGAAAAUGCUAAACUGCAAGAAACACGGAUCGCAUUGGAUACUGCUCGUCGCCACCUUAUUGCCCGUGUGGAAGAGCUUACUGAAGAGCGCGAGUCGCUGCGGAUGGAGCGUGAGGGGACAUUGGGGGCACUGAGCCGCUGCCAAGCCCAACUGAAGGAGGCUGAGUUAGAACUCAUCCGUAUCCGACAGGAAUUUGAGGAUACGAGACGUUCAAGCGAGGAGGGCGAGGCUGAAGGAAGCUCAUCGCGGCCUCAGAGGUUCACACGAGCCGAGAUGGCACGGGUGGUGAUGGAGCGUAACCUCUACAAAGAGAGACUGAUGGAGCUACAAGAAGCCGUUAGACGAACUGAGCUACUCAGGGCUUCGCGAGAGGAACAAGCUGUCCAGAUGAAAAAGUCGUCUUUCUGGAAAAUCUUUGACCGUUUGUUCAGCCCCUCGGAUUCUCUAGAGAGAUCACCCGCUUCUCCGCUGCCUCCAGGGAGGCCUCGGUCUAGUCCCGGUGCCCGCAAUGAACUGGGACGGAAUGGUGGACAGUUGUCUCCAGCCUUACGAUACAUCCCACGAGCUACCUCACCCACCAGCGAAGCUGAUACCUCUCCACAGCAGAAGCGGCGGGAACUGUAUCGGGAGAUCCGCUCACACAUCUGGCAAGAGCACGGCCGGGCACAGAUCCAUGGGUGGAGCCAGCCACCUGAGCUCCAGAGCCAAGACCCAUCUCCAUGGGGCACUAACAUCCCUACACUUGUGCAGCUUCGGAUGUUGGACCAGAAAGACCCCAGCACCAAGCUCUGGUGUGCUGCAGCAUCACUUGGACUAGAGUCUCAAGAAUUGUCAGAGGCUGGUAACCCCCAUCAGUGCAUCGCAGGCAGCUCACAGCUCUGGGUGGCUGCCGGAACGCACUCUGCAAGCGAAAUUACUCUUUUCAAUGCCCAGAACUCAAACCAACUCCUGGAGCACUUUGUCUUGCCUGGAGUUCACAUUCUCUCCAUCGCCUGUGUGCCUGGCCUUAACAUCCCUGAGAGCGAGAGCCAGCAGCUAGAGCCUGAGAUUCUUGAUGAUCCCCUGGCACCUGGAUCUGACAGCGAUGAUGAAACACGGGAAAUGGAGGCUAUUGGCACCGAACCCACCAUCUGGUUUGGAACCCAGGAGGGCCGCAUCUAUAUUCACUCGGUGAAGACUGACUGCCGACGCUGCAGGGGACGGGUUCAGCUGAAGGAUGCGGUCCACUGUAUUGUCCACACCCAUGGCCGAGUAGUAGCUGCAUUAGGGGAUGGAUCUCUGGCUAUUUUUCAUCGGAACCCAGUCCGGAAUUGGGACCUUCGUACCCCACGCCUGGUUGACCUGGGAAGGCCACGGCGCUCCAUCCGUUGUGCCAUUCCUGUGCUGGACCGGCUGUGGUGCGGAUACGGAAACCGGGUCUAUGUGUUAGAGCCUCGUACAGCUCGCUUCCAGCGGUAUUUUGAGGUGACUUCACACCCAGAAACCCAAGUGCGGCACAUGGUGGCAGCCGGUGGUGGCGUCUGGGUAUCCGUCCGACUGGAUUCCACUCUGCGCCUCCUGCAUGCGGAAACUGGGCAGCCCUUGCAGGAAGUGGAGCUGGGCCCCUUCAUGAGCCGUAUGCUUGGGCCUAACAGUCUUAGUUUAGCCUUGAACAUCUCAGCACUUGGCGCUUUUGGAAGGCGGCUAUGGGUUGGCACAUCUGGUGGUACCAUCAUCUCUUUGCCCUUUGUCUCAGAAUUUGUGGGAAGCUCAGAGCCUUCUUCCCCUACCAGCAUCCCCUACUGUGCCAUGGAGCAAGCACAGAUCAGCUACCACGGGCAUCGUGAUGCUGUCCGCUUCUUUGUCUCAGUCCCAGGAUGUGUGAAUCCAUCUGCCUCUGAAAGCCCCAAAGAACUGCACAGCCAAGAGAAACCGAACAGGCACUGCAGCUUGGUGCUCAGCGGAGGAGAGGGGUAUAUCAAUCUCAGGAUAGGAGACGACACAGACGAGCGCUAUGGUGACCUGCUCUUCCCGAAUCCGCGCCUCCGCCGAGCUGAACGAAGCCACCUGAUUGUCUGGCAGGUGCAGGCCUGAGGUAGCGGCAUCAGUGGUGAUGGGCACGAGUACUGCUUUCGGGUGGUAUGGCUUGACUUCCCCCUCGGAAGGAAUGGCACGUUUGCCAGAUAUUGGUGUCUUCUCACCUUUCCCUCACUGCCUCUUGCCCUCCUUCCCUUCAACUUGGUUAAGUCUCUGGGGUCUGCAGGGUUUGAAGUAAAACGUGCACAAGCCAGUGAUGUGGGGGAAAGCCAUCUGGAUCCAGGAUCUGUUUUGCACAGAAAAUCUACAGCUGGUGCACCUGACAUCCCUAUUUUUUAAAAACCCUUCCCUUUCCAUUGCUUUUAAACAGGAUGUGCCUGUAUAAUAAAUGUCCCUUCUCUCAUAUGGACUGUCUUUCCCCCUUCCAAUCCUGCUGCAUUUGAUUGGUCCUCACUGUGUUGCAAACCAGUAGCAGCUUACUUUACUGGCCAGGUGGGUGGAGCCACAGGUUAGAAUGCUUAGGGCUUGUUAAAGGGCUAUUGCACCAUUUGGAAGUGAAGAAGUGACAGGAGAGAGGGUUUUUGAUGAUUUGUAGCACAAGAGACUAAGAACUGGGACUUCCAGUCAAUUCUGAAAGAUGAAACUCUUAGGUUGAUUGGAACGAUGGCCUUCCUUUGUCCUUUUGGCUCUCAGUUUUGAGUAUGUUUUUCUGAUGCAUUUCUGGUUGUGUGGGUUGGAACAUGGGGACAGGAACUGGAAGAUCUGGAAAUAACAGGCACAGACUUGACAAUGCUGGUCCACAUAAACUAUGAUGCUUCUUAAGAGUGAUCUCAAGAGGAAGCCCUUUUGUUUCACCACUACUCUAGAAGCUGGACAGGGAUUGGAUAGUUCCUGGAGAUGUUGAGUAAAUCUGAUCCUGCCCGGAGUACUACAAUGAUGUCAGGGUCAAGGCACAUGCUGCGCUGUUAAGUUUCUCAGGGUUUGUGUUUGUUGUUUGUCUUGUUUCAGCAGGCUAAUAGGGGCCUCUGGCAACAUCUCAGGAUCACUUUCUGUCAGACAGUUUCUCAAUAAAGCUUUACACUUAUUUAUU